AUGCCCGUCCGCCACAUUGAUCAGAACGUUGCGGCCGAGCUCGUGAAAACGGCUCAGGCUAUCUGUACGCCAGGUAAGGGGAUCCUGGCUGCUGAUGAGUCCACUGGAACGAUUAAGAAAAGAUUCGACGCUGCUGGCAUUGACAACACUGAGGCCAACAGAGCUGCCUAUAGAUCACUUCUAUUCACUACUCCGGAUGUGGGCAGGUAUAUAUCUGGCUCCAUUCUCUACGAGGAAACGCUCUUCCAGAAGGCCCCGGACGGUACUCCUAUGGUUGAGCUCCUCCGUAAGGCUGGCAUCAUCCCUGGCAUCAAGGUCGAUAAGGGUCUAGUGGCUCUGCAUCUAUCGGACCAGGAGACUGCUACUCAGGGUCUCGACGGUCUCGCUGAGAGGUGCGCUAAGUACUAUCAAGCUGGAGCCAGGUUUGCCAAAUGGCGUGCUGUGCUGAAGAUCAGUCAAGCUAAGCAUCAGCCGUCUCAGCUGUCUAUCGACGAGACUGCUCACACCUUGGCCCGUUAUGCUUCUAUCUGCCAGGAGCAUAGGAUC